GGGACGCUGCCUCUGCGACACGCGACGAGUGCGCCCUCCCCGCCCUCGCUCCUCGCCGCGACGAGACGAGCCAGCCGAGAGCAAGCAUCAUCACUCCCAGUAUGUGCCACCUCGAGCGCUAGGUGCACGCUACAACGCUGCCCUGCCAUUGCUGAUCGUCGCCCUUCUUCGCAGGAGACUCUCUUCACUCUCCCAUCUUCGCACCUCUGCGCCUCUGACCAUGGGGACCAUGUUUUUCGAGAGUAAAAUCAACUAUGAGCGCCAUAUCAAGUACUGGAGGCGCAACUUGAAGACCUUCUUGCCCAAUGCUUACACGAGCAAUGACGCCAACCGCAUGACCCUAGCCCUCUUUACCGUCUCUGCACUCGAUGUCCUGGGAGAUCUCAACUCGGCCCUCUCAUCCGAGGAGCGCCAAGGCCACAUAGACUGGGUCUACAGCUGCCAACUACCAGAUGGCGGUUUCCGCCCGUGGCCCGGGUCCAACUUUGGCCACCUGAGGAACGACGAGAACAAAAUAUGGGAUCCCGCCCACAUCCCCGGCACCUUCUUCGCCCUGCUCACCCUGAUUGUGCUGGGAGAUGGCCUGGAACGGGUGAAGAGGAGGGAGAUACUAGCGUGGUUGGUCAAGAUGCAGAGGCCCGAGGGCGGAUUUGGGGAGACGUUGGGAGAGAGUGAUUACGUACACGGGGGAAACGACUCGAGAUUCGGCUACAUGGCCACGGCCAUCCGUUGGAUACUGCGCGGCAACCUUGAGGGGCCUUGCGAGGGCGUGCCCGACAUUGACGUGGACAAGUUUGUCGCCUGCGUCCGGCAAGCCGAGUCGUACGAUGGAGGCAUUUCCGAGGCGCAAUACCACGAAGCCCACGCCGGCUUCACCUGCUGCGCCGUCAACGCCCUGUACUUUCUCGACCGCCUCCCCUUGCCGCCAUCCCAGAAGCCAGACGGUCGUCUUCGCGGAGUCAGCAACUUGCCCGCUACCCUGCACUGGUUCGCCUCGCGGCAAACAGCCACACUCGAAGACGACGACGCAAUCGACACAUAUGGCGACGAGACCGACUCCUCCGCGACCUGUCACGACGCGCACUCUUUCGUAAAGAUGGGCGGCCAGCUUAGCAUGCAGGGUCAAGUCAGCCUGGAGAAGGAGGAUCCCUCGCAUUACGAGCUCUCAUGGGUGGGCAUGAACGGUCGAUGCAAUAAGAUCGCCGACACGUGCUAUGCGUACUGGGUCUGCGCGCCUCUGCAAAUCCUCAACCAUCUGGAGAUUGUCGACCGGAAGCCAAUCCGCAAAUGGUUGCUCGACAAGACACAGCAUGCCGUGGGUGGGUUUGGCAAGGUCACGGGUGAUCCGCCAGACAUCUACCACUCCUUCUUGGGGCUGGUAGUUCUAGCCAUGCUGGGCGAGACAGGCCUGCAAGACGUCGAUGUAGCGUUGUGUAUCAGCAGUAAGGCGAGGCGACAUCUGGAAUCACUACCAUGGAGGAGGGAGAUUCUGGGAUAAAACGGGGCGCUAUUUGAUGACAUGAUAGGGAUAGACUAUAGAAGCAUCUCUUUGCAGUUUUUAAAAUGAAC